AUGCCGCGUCGCCCGCAGACCUACGAUGAUUACGGCGCAGCCGUCCAACAGAUUAUCCUGACCUCCUCGGACUCGGACUUUCUUGACCAGCUGAUCCCCGUCCUCAAAGAUGCCUCCAACUCCAAUCGAACCCCCUCCCUUACGCAGAACCUCGCCCGAUACGCCGAAGACAGAGAGUCUGACAUCGAAAGAAUUGGGUUAACGAAACAUGAGGAGUUUCUUGGCUCCGUUAACCAGCUCCAAACUGUUCGCGAGGGUACCGUCAAACUUACGGCCGAAAUCCUCAGUCUGAACCAGUCCAUCCAACAAAGCACGGAGAAGCUCGCAGACCAGAAACAGGCCCUUGUGAACACAAGAGCGGUGCGUCAGAACAUCGCAGAUGCUUCUGAUGCCUUGGAAGAGUCUCUUAAGAUUCUCCACGCCGUCAAUCACGCCCACGAUCUGAUUCGCAAGAAGAAGUACUACGCCGCCCUGAAGUCUCUGGAAGACCUGCAGAACGAGCAUCUUAUCCCCACCAUCCAGAACAAGUACGCAACCCAGCACAAACUCGCCGAUGUAAUCCAGAAGUCGAUCCCGGCGUCUCAAAAGAUCAUAUCCGAAGCCGUCAUGACGGAUCUGAAUACCUGGCUAUUUCGAAUUCGUGAAACAUCACAGUUCCUCGGCGAGGUCGCGUUCUACCACACCGAACUUAGAAGGGCAAGGCAGAGGGAACGCGUCGAACGCGAUGGAUAUCUCAACAAUUUCAAGUUAAACUCAUCUAUCGAGCUUGUCUUCGACGAGAGCGAGGAGUUUGACGUGCUCGACAAUGAGGAGCUCCAGGUCGAUUUCACCCCUCUGUUCGAAUGUCUCCAUAUUCACGAUGCCCUUGGUCAGAUCGAGAAGUUCCGUGCCGAGUACGCCACCACACGUCGGCAGCAGAAGGAUCUACUCUUGCCAAGUACUGUGGGGCUCGUCGCGGACGACGAGAGCUCUCUCAGCAGUUUACUCGAAGGUAUUGCAGGAUUCGCCAUCAUCGAGAAGGCGACCAUGCGGCGCGCUCCUCAUCUGCGAUCGGCUGUAGAUGUCGACGAGCUCUGGGACUCCAUGUGCCACACCGCCAUUACUCUUACCUCACAGGCUCUGAAUGAAGUUAGCAACGCCGAAAUUCUCCUCAAGAUUAAAGGUGUCAUAGCUCUGUUUAUUCAGACCAUGCAGGCGCGUUCUUCCGAUCUGACAUAUGGAUGGGGCUACUCUGUCUCUAUGCUCGACAACUUCCUUCUCAAAUUAUUCGACAAGUAUGCCGAGUUGCUGAAGCGUCGCUUCAGUGAAGACUUCCAGGAGAUCGUUUCGACGGAUGAUUACAUGCCUAUGGCCAUCAACACCCGUGAGGAAUACGAGAAGGUGGUCAACGUAAGCUGGUUCUCCCAGGAAAAGCCCCUGGAGGAACUGAGGCAAGUUCACCAUUUUCCCUGUGUUCUGCCUUUUUCACAAAUGUACCCUCUCUGCUGCAUCGAUAUUCGGAACUUUCUAAACCAGUUUUACUUCUUCUCCGACGACCAUUUCCAGCACCCAAACGUCAUUGACGACACGCUCCGCAAGUCGCUUGACGAAUUACUAACGGAGAAAGUCUGCAAGUCACUCGUGGAAAGGCUGAGCUCACAAUAUUUGGGUCAAAUUGUGCAAAUUCUGAUCAACCUCGAGCACUUCGAAGCAGCAUGUCAGGAGCUUGAGCAAUUGCUUAUCAGGGCACGGUCGUCCACCUCGGCUGGUGGGCCCGUUACUCUUGUAGCCACCGAGGAGUUCCGAAGUAACAAGAAGACUGCCGAAAAGCGCAUCUUUGAACUGGUGAACUCCAAGAUCGACGACCUCGUGGACACUGCAGAGUAUGAUUGGAUGACAACUACCAUCUCUUCUGAACCAAGCAGUUACAUGCAGACGAUGACACGAUAUCUAUCAAACAUCAUGAAUUCAACACUCCUUGGGUUGCCGAGGGAAAUCAAGGAGCUCAUCUACUUCGAUGCCCUCAGCCAUGCCGCUAACAAAAUUCUGGCGCUGCCGCUCUCUCCCGAUGUUAAGCAUAUCAACACCAAUGCGGUAGCUGCACUCGCCCAAGACGUCCAAUACUUGACAGAAUUCGUUGAAAGUCUCGAAAACGGAAUGAUGCUUCGAGAGAACCUGGACGAGCUUCAACAAACCAUCAGCCUGAUGCAGUCUGACAAUCACGAUGAGUUCUUUGAUAUUUCCAUUCGCAACAAGAAGUUUGGACGCGUAGAUGCCAUGAACGGGCCGAUACUUCUGGAGAAACUCACAUCCAAUGCUCAAGGCCCGACUCGCAGCGCCCCGCUUGCCAACUUUUCAUCAAGAUUCGGCCUGAUGAAGUAA